GUGGUGGUGGAGAGGUGGUGUGUGUUGGUGGUGUAGAGGUGGUGGUGGUGUAGAGGUGGUGUGUGUUGGUGGUGUAGAGGUGGUGUGUGUUGUGCACGCUGUGUCAAGGUGUUGAGUUGGUGUCGGGGUGUGUGUGUGAGUCUUGUGAGUGGCUAUUGCAAAUGUGAAAAGCUUUCAAAACAAAUCAUAUCACCUGUACGGGCGACCUGUAGAGAAUAAUAAAUUACAUCACUGUGUGUGUGAUGCUGUACACGGAGUCAUAACGCACGCUUGUCACACACCCCGAACGCAACACUCCGCUCGCCGCUGAUGUGAUGCGCUAACCGCUGUCCCACCGUUCCCUCCGACGUCAGUCUCACUCGGUCUGGCAACACAAGCUCGCAUUGUGACAAGCAUGUCACAGGAUAAAGACAAAGAUCCCCAUAUAGUCUACACAGGCUGUUGGGUCAAGUGCUAUUCCGCGAGCACCUAUAAAGGCCAGCACGGCACACGAGGGUUUGGGUAGCCAACACCAUGCCUGGCCGUCUUUGUAUCUCCACUGCUGAUGUUUACACACCGCACCAAGUAGGAAUUUAAGGCUGGGUCAAACCUUGGGGAGGCCCAGGAACGUUUCAGAUAAUCGUCACUGGUGUUGGCCGGGUUGGUAGCUCAGUGCAUGAACCACUGCGCCACCACUCCCCACUUUGUCACGGGAACCAGGAGCACAUACAAACAGUUUAAUGAGUUGAAUGUCCAUGAUAAUGGAGGUGAUGGAGCCGCUAGUGCUGGAGAUGGAAACCUGUGAUGAUUGAUGAUGCGAGUAUGAGCGAUACAGAUAUGGAUGAUGGUGUUGGCGAUGAGCGAUAGAGCUGAGGAUAGUAAUGAUGAUGAUGGUGGUGAUGGCGAUGAUAGCAUUGGGAUUAAUAGGAUGACUGAUUAUGUUAUUAUGAGACUGACGGUGGGGUUAUCAUAGGGAUAUAGGUGAUGAUGGUCCUUGACGUAGUGUGAUGAUGGUUCUGGUGAAGACGGUUGCUAUGGUGGUGAUGGUUGCCACAGUGGUGAUGUUUUCCGCGGUAAUUCCGGUCGGCAUGAUGAUGAUGGUUACCUAGGUGAUGAUGGUUGCCACGGUGAUGAUUGCCGUGGUGAUGGUGGUUGCCCCAGCAACGGCGGUUGGCAUGGUGACGACGAUGGUCGCCAUAGUAAUAAUGGUCGCCGCUUCUGCGCGGCCACGUGAUGCGGCGGGGCUGAGUCACGUGACACGAAUGCCGACAUGGCGGAGGUCCGUGACGGCCUCAUCUCCGAGUACCUGGACGCGCCGCUGCUGCGGGAGCGAGGGGACCGCCUCCUCUUCGACCACCUCUACCGCCUCGCCGUCGCCUACUUCGAGCUCGGAGACUACGAGCGCCUCUCCGGUGUCUACCGCGCGGCCAGCGGCGCCCUGCAGUUCCUGCGGGAGGAGCAGCUAAGGCAGGUGCAGUGGAAGUUGAUCCAGCUCAUGGAGAUGGUGAUGCGCGGACAAUUCUUUGACCCCGUUCGCGAAGGCAACCAGAUGCUGCUGGAAGGGGCCGUGGAGAUGGUGGACAUGCUGGGCAGGGAGUGUCAGUUGGAGCCCGAGGUCACGCAGGAGGUCACGAGAAUACUCAGGCUUAAGCUCCUGACGGAGGCGCGCGUGCAGGUGCAGCGAAACAAACGGCUCCAGACCGACCUCGUGGACCCUUGGUACUCGCUCGACUUGAAGCCGCAUAUCUUACGAAUCAUCGACUCCGUCCCCCAGAGCAGUCAGGCGUCCUCCUAUGUUCAGCUCCUGAAAGAAAGCCUGGCUCAAGAGACACCUCCAGCUGACAAAACAAAUGGCGGUGAAUUCCUACACAGGGGCCACAUCAAGGAGGCCUUCCUCUCCAUCUCCGACUGCCGAGAGGCCGCGCUCAAUACCUUCGAGGUCCUGCUGCUCACCGACGUUCCGCCUCUGGGCCUCAAACUCGCCCAGCCGGCCAUGGGCGCUGCCAAAAGCUCGCCAGGGCCCAAGCGCCGGGAGGACUCCUCCGAGCCCGACGGCGCCACGGCCAAUAAUUCGGUGGCGUCGGCACGGGUCAUCUCUGUGCUGCCGAAACAGUCGUCCCCGGCUAAGGGACUCGCGGGGCCGGAGACUCCUCGACGCGUUCCUAAGGGCAGCCGGGAGGAGAAGGAGAAGGUGGUGGCAGCACGGCCGGCGACACCACCAUCGCCACCACCGCUAUCCCCUCUCCUUUUGAGCGACUCGGAGGAGCUGCUGCCGAUGCGGAUGAUCGUCCAGAGCAAGCGGAGCGACCCGAGCACAGCUGAGGCGGCGUGCGACGAUGCCCACCAGAUGAGCACCACCGACUUCAUCCCCUCCACUUACGAGGAGACACCGCCCACCGCCCCCGCCAGGGAUGUCGCGCAUCCCGGCUCGACUCCACCGAUUUUGGCGAUCAUCGGAAGGAAGAGGAGGAGCGACAGCCCCAGGAGGCGGGUGGAGGAGGCGGCCGCCACCCCGCGGCUCGUGGAGGACGGCGAAGUCGCGGGGCCCAGCAAACCCAGGGCAGCCACGAUCUCGCCAGCGAAGGCGACUUGCGACAAAUGGGACAAAGGUCACGGGCACGCGGCGCGCAACCACGUUGAGCGGACCGGCAGGUUUCCCGGCGACGGCUUCAGCUCCGCGGAGAUACGGGGGCUGCCCCCCUUGAUGAUAAAGGACGAGUGGUCGGAUGAGGAGGACUUGUUUGGGCCGAGCAAGGUGGCAGGAAGACAAUCCAAAUUCGGCUCGUCGGCAAAGAAGAAGAAGAUGUGGACAGAGACGGAGACACAGUGUCUGAAAGAGGGCGUCGCAAAGUUCGGCGUGGGAAACUGGAGCAAGAUCAAGCGGCACUACUCCCUGAGCCGCACCACCGUGCAGCUCAAGGACCGCUGGAGAAACAUCUCCAAGUAGGGGGGCAGCACAAGGUUCCUACAAACUUAGGUUGGAGGGCAGUACGGCUUAAAAACUAAACUAUAGAACUGUUUUUGAUUUGACCAGGUAAGGGGUGUACUGAGCUAUUUAGCUCUUUUUCAAAAGCGUCCUGGCUAUCACAAAUGGUAGCUCAUCGAAGUGGUUUAUAUGGGGAAAUUUAGAGCACCCAAAUACUCUAAGCGCGUGAUGUUGAUUCUAAAUGUGGAGGGGAAAACCGGAGGACCCGGAGAAGAAUCCACGCGGCCAUUGGUUGAGAGACACGCAAACUCCAAAUAAUCAGGCGUCAUGGUGGGGAUCGGACCCACGGCCUCCUGCAUACCAGGCGAGGUAGUUAACAUCUCGCUACUGUGGCUUAGGCGGGGAGGGGGAGCGACGUGGGCCACGGCGUCUGGGCUGGGAAGAACACGCCGGGCAUUGUCGGGCGACGUAGCGUCUCCGGGCGAGAGCGUGCGCCGUCGCGAGGGGUGGCCGUGAGAGAACUCGCAGAGGGCCCGACGGUUUGCAGCGCGGCCCCCGCGGCUUGUCGGUGCAGGAAAACCCCUCGACGCAAUGCGACAGGUCAACCAACAAAGUCUCCUAUGGCUGCCGUGGACAGGGGGACAGUCCGAGAGACGAUCGUCGUCACUGCUGAAAGGUGUUUUUUAUAUGGGAACGGCUGGCACCCAAGUGUCCAUUGGCGUGCAUUCCUCUCGCUGGCACUUCCUGCCACAAUGCAGCACUCUGCUGGGAGCAGUGAGGGGGCGGGGGGGGUCUCAGGACAGCUACCUGCGCUGUUGUGCGCAGGACACCGCCUCCCCCCUCCCUCCACAUUGGCGGGGAGAGGGAGGGCGCCCACGUGUCUUCUCUGUGCCCAGCCGCGGGCAUGGAAUUCACAGCGUCACCUUCCGACCCUCAGGAGUUUGUUUUUUGACGGUCAGGAAUGGAUGCCGUGGGUCCCUGGCGCAUCACGUGGGAGAGAAUGAGCGUGCGAGACGAUGGCAUUCAACAUUGGUUGGUAAAUUAAGUUGUCAAGUUUGUGUCGUGACGCCGCUGCUGCGAGGCAGUCCGUGUUGCAUUGCAGUGGCGUGUAGUGUGUGUGGUGUGUGUGGUGUGUGGUCAGGUAAACACGCACGGGGUGACGUGAAGACGCCGCCACGAAAGACACUCGCACAAUUCCAUUACAAUGGGUUUUGUCAAAAGAUACACUGUCGAUCCUUGGGGUUGGGAGUCAUAAACCCCCUUAAACCCCUUACCCCCCCUGACCCCCCUUACCCCCCCUGACCCCCCUUACCCCCCCUGACCCCCCUUACCCCCCCUGACCCCCCUUACCCCCCCCCGGACCCUCCCCUCCUUCCCUGGAUGUUGUGGUUUUACAUUCAAGAUCUUGGUUUCCUUAGGCCCUAAUUUUUAAAUGUUUGUCUUUUUCUGCAAAUAAAUCUUGGCUGUUCUGCCAGUUUGUUCUGCUGGCGUCACGUGCUAAGAUGAAGGAUCCACUCGGAUCUCUCCGCAGAGCAGUGCUAAGAGACUGUAACCUGCGGAAGUGGAUAUCAACGAGCUACAGCUGAGAUCCAUUCAAGUGACCUGGUCUGAAUUAGUCCAGGCCUGAAGAGUCCUCUUCCGUUCUGAGGGUCCGAUUCGGACUCUCAAAUGGCGGACAAAGUCAGAGUGAUCUCCUGCUGCUCAAAUGAACAUGCAGGCAUUAGUGCUCAUCUUCUGUUCAUACCACUGAGCUUGUGGAAAUUCCACGUUCAUAUGGCGGGGCGAGUAUAUCCAGAGGAUAACCACUGUUGACUUCCCAAAAUAUUGGAACUUAUUUUAUCUGACUCACCCCCCACCAUCCAGGAUUUGAACUCGCAACCUUCGGAUUGCGAGGUGCUCGCUCUGCUGAUGAGUCACCUGAUGGGCUAAGACAGAGAUCCCCCGUGUAGCCUUAACAGACUUGGUGCUGUUAGCGCGUCACACCUAUGAAAAUCGGCACGGCGCACGAGGGGUUGGGUGGCCAGCACCUCGACCUGCCGCCUUUGUCUCCCCAGUGGCGAUGUUUUCUGCACACUGCUCACAUUGCCGCACGCGUCGGGCACAGGAGGAACGUCGUACGUGCUGAGUCGUGAUGUCAUGUUCCACGAUACGUUAUUAAACGUGACGAUACGACUUCUGAUAUCCGUUUCCCAUAACUGUCUCCUUGCAUUUCAGGAUUUGUUUUUGUGCGUUUAUGCAAUUCUUGUGCGGCAGGGCGGUGGUGGCGACAGAGUGGUAGUUCUCAUGCCUCACAGCAAGCAGGGCCUGGGUUAAAUUCCUGA